CUAGUGUAAAUAUAAGACCGCACUCGCUGUUCCCCCAGUCUCUUACUUCAUACAAAACUAAUACAGGGUUCGAAUUUCACCACGGCAUAAUCAUCAACAGCCAACUGCUAUGAAUGUGCCCUCCACUCCCGAGUCGAGAGACUCUCCCUUGCUCCGCCUGCCGAACGAACUUCUCAUCGAGAUCUUGACUCUAGCAGUUGGCCGAAAAGACAUGGCGCUAGACGAUGACCAAAGCAAAGACCACAAAACCGCAUGGUCUCUCACCCUCGUGUGCAAACGUAUCAGUGGGAUAUCGUAUCCCCUCCUCUACCGCACCAUCGACUUCAUGUCUCCCACCCUCGAAAGCCUCAUCCCAAUGUCCCGUGCAGGCAGACUUCUCUCAAGAUCGCUUUGUGCAAAUCCCGAGCUUAGCGCUAUGUGCAGGGAACUCGUAGUGUGGAUCCCCUCUAUUGAAAGCGGCUAUAGCCGCGAUUCGGACUACGAAGCAGCUACUACCCUCCUGACCCAGCUCACAAACAUCCAGAACUUCCAAAGCUUCAACGGUCUCCAGAACUCCGACAGCGUAUGGCGGAUGCUCGACCAGAUCUUCCCCCACAUGCCGCGCAUCACUGACCUCACCAUGAGCCAAGACUACAUCCCAAUCUUCAUGGAAAGACUAUUCAAACCUGACAACCGCUUUCCAGCUCUCCGCCGUCUGCACAUCGUUGGCUGCCUCGCAUUCUCAUCCAGCAACAUCCACGACGCGGUCUGGCUCAAAGACCGCAUCCCCCCCAUCAUGGACCUCAACAUCCACGACUUCAGAGGUAGCUCGCAAGAUUUCGCUGCCUUCCUCAGCUGGCUGGAGGCACUUGAGAACCUUACAUUUCAUCCAGACAAGGACGCAUGGUCCUUGUCGCUGUUUCAAGGGUUCCUGGAACCUCACCGCUCAACAUUGAAAAGCCUGUACAUCGGAGAUCAAGGCAACGUGGACAACCGCCUGGAUCUGACAGGCUACCCCAAACUAGAAAUCCUCAGCCUCCCCGCUCUUGCUCACCGCGAAACCCUUGGUGACCAUGCUUUGCUCCUGGCUGCUCCGAAGCUGCGCAGCUUCACGUGGCACUUCGGUAUCGAACAGGACCUCAAUUCCCUAGACUCGUUCCAGAAGUCAGAGGCAGACGCACUGCGUACGUUCGUAAAGACAGUGCUCGCGUGCGGGUGUCCGCUGAAGCUGGUGUAUAUCUGGUUUCUUGCCAACGCGCAAUUUUCAACGCCGAUUGCGAGAGAAGGCGCCGAAGCUACGGAGCUGGCGCUUUCGAUGAGGUAUCCUUGGGACUGGAUGGAUGAGCUGCGAGACGAGUUUGAGGAGUGGGGAGUGCUAUUGUCGUAUGAUCCCCCUUUCGACGAGCCAAGGAGCGUUACUAGAGAGCAAUAUGAAGAAGAGUUUCGGCGGUGGACAUCGUUUAGUGGGCACGAGAGUGAUUUGUGACGGACCCAGACACCAUGGACUUGAAUGAAUGCGGCUGUUGCCACACGCACACCACCCCUUUUUGAUAGGCUCUAGAGUAUCGCGAGGCAAGAGAAGAAGAAGCCGUAGAGCGAAGCUGAUGGAAUGAAAUACGGAUACUUGCUUAGUGGAUACAUCUAUUUCCGUUACCUUGGGGCUAGGACUUAAGGAAUCGCCUGCGGUAGCUAGAAUUCAAGCAAGUAAUAGGGCGGAGGAAAAUCACUAAGUCUGAGUACUACGAUGUUCAUGGGAGUUUGAUACUCUCAAGCUGCGGCAAUCUGAAGGCUCACAGGCUCUGAG